AUGCUCAGUGUCUCUACCGUUGAACAGCAGUUCGAUCCCAAGGCGGAAAAACGACUUCUGCGCAAGAUCGAUCUUCGACUGAUUCCCAUCGUGGUCCUUCUCCAUACCGUGCCUUUGAUCGACCGUACCAACAUCUCGGCCGCCCGAGUUUCAGGCUUAGAUGAGGACCCGGAUCUCACCAUCGGAUAUCGAGCGUCGAUCGUCACCUCGACCUUCUUCAUCGGCUACAUUGCUUUUGAUAUUCCCAGUAACAUCCUUCUUCCGAAGAUUGGUGCUGCGCGGUUUCUCGGAACCAUUACUUUUCUUUGGGGCAUUGUCACCGUUGUGCUGGGAUGUGUCGACAACUGGCAAGGCUUUGCCGUACUACGGGUUCUCCUAGGCAUCUUUAAAGCUGGAAACACCCCCGGUUCCAUCUUCCUCGCAUCUGCCUGGUAUCGUAGGUAUGAGGUACAAAACCGAUUGGGAUUCUACUAUCUGUUUUCCAUGGGCAUCUCCGCUUUUUCCAACCUCCUCGCAUACGGGAUCGUCUAA